UAUAGGAUAUCAUAGGAAGCUCUUCAGUAAACACAAAAGAGUUCUCUUAUUAAGAACAUCUCCUAUAUACAGUGAUAAUUAUGAUUUUCUUUUAAUUUCGAAGAAAAAUGGGGAUAGGCUAUUGUAAACUCAUAACAAUUAUUGUAUUUACAUUUUUCUUUAUGUAAUUUGAAAAUAAUAUACAUGCAAAUUUUAAAAGUGUCAAUUUUUUUACAGUCUUGGAGAAUUGGUUCAUGAAAGUACAUACAAGCCAUGGCUACAAAUAGAAUGGAUCUCGAAGCUACUAAGAAGCAAACUUAAAUAUUCACACCAGCUUUAUUUGGAAAUAGUGAACUAUUUUGAUAAAUUAUGAACUUUCCAAGGAAGAACUCUGUGGUGAAGAAUACAACAAAAGACAAAAAUAUGGAUUUAAUGAUUCUCAUUACAAAAACCCUUUUGGACGUCUUCAAGGAUAACCCAUCUGUCGCUGGAGAUGAGUAUGACUGGAGGGAUGAACGGUAUACAAUGCUCGGUGCAGGAACGGAAACAGUUACCUCGGCUCUUUCAUUUUUUUCAAUCCUUCUUGCAAAUCACCCAGAUGUGCAGGAAAACAUCUACAGAGAGAUCCUGCAGGAAGUUGAGGACCCUAGUACUGUCAAUAUCUCUGACCUGAGGUCUCUGACAUAUUUGGAAAAAUCCCUCAAUGAAUGUCUGAGGCUAAAUCCAAGUGUUCCAGCUAUUUUGAGGAAAGCUACUAAGAACACGAAACUAUGUAGGUUGAGUAAUAUAUUUAAAAAUGUUAAUCUAGAAUAGGCCAUAUAUCAGUAAACUGAUAGAUGUUUUUUUAUUGAGAUUUAAUCUCUGUUUUUUGACACGUAUUACUGUAUGAAACUAGUAACGUACAUUGAUCGUACUCCUGUCUACAUGUCAAAAUGCAAAAAGUAUAAGAAUGAUUUAUAUUUUACAAGACUUUGUUCAUUAUACACAUUGGUUGAAAGAAAUAUAAAUUUAUUAAACAUUUCGAGUCAAAAUUAUGUAGACAAUGAACUGUGUAGGACUUUACUCUAUUCAUAUUGGAAAAGAGUACAACUAAUAUUAAUUCCAUUUUAAUCUUGUAAAGCUUAUUUUAAGCCGUUUUCUCUGCAUGUAUUUAAUUUCCGAUAACAAUUUACUGUGCAAAAGAGUCUAUAUGCAGAAGUUUUCCUUUAAAGUUUACAAGCCAUCGGAAUACGGUUAGUCAUGUAUCUCUACAAUAUAUAUAUAUAUACAUAUGCUCUGUAGUUGUUAGGAAAGUUCUUAAUUACUACAAUGUAUUGUAUGUUAAAAAACCUUUGUCAUGACCUAUUCUCAAUAAAUGUUUUAUCGUCUACUACUUUCUUUUUCUGUUGUAUUAUUUGUUGAUUACUAAAACGAUAUUUAUUACAAUGUAGC